AUGUCCGAACCUUCAGUAUCAACUAUGUACAAAGAGUCCGGGAUAAAGGUUUUAAUAGUAAAGCGAAGUUCCAUAAAGGGACAAAUUACUAAAUUCAAAAAUUAUUUAGACAAGAUUACAAGGCAAUCUCAAUUGACGGGUAUCGAAGUGGCUGAGCUUUCACUGAAGGUCAGUCGCUUUGAGAGUCUGUCCGCUAAAUAUGAUGAGCUGCAAACUCAAAUUGAAUUAAUAAAUGCUGAUACUUUAGACGAAGAGCUCGAUGAACGUGAACGCAUUGAGCAAGAUAUCAUAUUAUGUACCGCGAUGGCAAAAAAUAUUAUUGAAGAACAAAAUGAAUUAAAGAAUUUAGAACAGGAUAAGAGACGCCCUGAUACACCAAAGGUCAACAAUGCCUCUGGUGAUGUCUCUGAGACUUCAGCAAAUUAUUCAAACAAAAAUUCAAAUCAAGUUAUUUUGUCUACUGCCCAAGUAUACAUUUUGAAUCCAACGACUAAUGAGCCUCUUAAAGUACGGGCCUUGUUGGACUCAGGCAGUCAGUCAUCUUUCAUUACAAAAUCUCUUCAACAAAAACUUGCAAUCAAUUCAAAUCCAAUUUCUGUUAACGUCAUUGGUAUCGGUCACUCAGACAACCAAAUCAAGGAAAGCUGUGUGAUCCAAUUAAAAUCCAUUUACAAUAAUUUUAAGACAAAGUUAAAUUGUCUUGUGCUUCAUAGGCUGACUGGGAAUCUGCCUAAGGCACCUAUAAAUAUACAACAAUUAAACAUACCAUCGCACUUGCAUUUAGCUGACCCCGAUUUCAAUCAGCCAGCUCCUAUUGAUAUACUAAUAGGAGCCGAUCUCUUCUGGCAACUCAUGAAAAACGACCGUAUUUCUUUAGGUGCAAACAAUCCUAUACUACAAUAUUCCAGUUUUGGUUGGUUAAUUGGUGGUCCUAUUUCUUAUCAAGCUAAACAAGUACUUUGCAAUAAUUCAGUCAUUAAUGACAACUUCCCAAACGAAAACAAAAUCGACAAUUUACUAGCAAAAUUUUGGGAGCUAGAAGAGCUUCCCCAGAAAACAAUUCUAAGCGAAACAGAAUUAACCUGUGAGAACCACUUCCGGUCUCACACUUUACGGCUUCCUUCCGGCAGCGAUGGUGUGACGCCCGUUAUCCGUUCAGUUGUGCGUGAUGUGGCCCUUGAGGGAACAAGUGGCAAUCGCGAGGCCUUACGUGAGCUGGCCAGACAAAGAGCAUCUCAAUUGCUGGAUCAAAACAGAAAACAGCAAGACACUCGAGUAAAUGAACGGCGCAAGCCCCCACAUGUUUUUCAUGAAAAUGACAUGGUCUUCGUACAUAAGAACAGUCAAUCUGUGGGCAAACUUGACUCUGGCAUGCGCGGUCCGUACAAAGUUGUGCGCGCAUUGCCUCAUGGUCGAUACGAGUUGAAGCUUAUUUCUGGCUCACUCGGGAAGACCACAGAAGCUGCUGCUGAGCAUAUAAGUGCUUGGCACGGAGAAUGGACACCAGAUGUGUGCGCCGUAUUCUUCGAGUGUGAUGAGAAUGAGAGCUGCUCUGACGAUAGCAUCAUCGCUGGCCCGUCGCACCUACGUGACGUCACCAUAGCUGAAAGAGCGGGCGAGGGCGCUCCGCCGUCAGGAGAGGCCGUGUUAGCGGAGAAUGCUCAAGAA